AAUUAAUGGCCGCACAACCACAGGCAGCUGUCACUGACAUUUCGUUUGCUUCGUGUAAAUUUUGUGAUGUACAUUAUUCGUACAAGUUUAAAAUCCGUCUAUUUAUCAAUGAAUAAUGGUGUACAUUAACAGAUAAUGUUUAUUUUUGUUGGUUGUUUUAAUAUAAACCUUUAGAAUUGUGCGAAAGUCCGUAAAUCGUGGUUGUUUUAUAAUGGAGGAUCUCAAUUUGACAGAAACCGAAAUGAGAUAUUUCGGUGAUUUGUUUUUAUGUUGUGACGAAGAGUCUAAUGGGAAAAUACCUAUUUUAAAGGCAACAGAGUUAUUUAGAUCAUCGAAUGUAUCCAAUGAUGUCCUCAAACAGAUCAUGGAUAUCAGUGUGGCGCCUAAUAACUGUUCAGCGUUGAAUCAUAUGAAUAGGAAACAAUUUUAUUCAGCUUUGAAACUAAUAGCAGCUCACCAAACAAACAUGUCAUUGAAACCAGAGUUGCUGUCAACUGCCCUUGACCUGCCACUUCCGCGGUUUACGUGGGCCCUUAAUUCAGAAGCUAAUGCCGAUUUAAUUCAGUUGUCAAAUUCUCCAAAGGAGCAACAUAUCCCUAAAAGAGAAAGAGGCUUUGCCAAUACUUUGGCAGCGUAUGAGCCAAUAAGGGUGUCAUCGAAUUUAUCUGACAGUGAUGGCCCUCCAGCUUUAUCUCACGAUGCAACUGAAGGAUUGAGUACGGAUUCGGAGAUGGAAUCUGAAACAAUGUCACAAAGAUCUGGUUCACACGGGCGGCGAGGUAAGAACGGGUCUCCAUGGAGCACGGCCAGCGAGAGCCCCACGCCGACCAACAGCGUGGCGGAGCGCGUGCACCCUCUGUGGGAGCACAGCGCCACCGGCCGCGGGGUCUGGCCGGCCAACACCACAGAGGAACACACCAGAUUGCUAGGCACAGAAGAAGAGUCUUCAGAUCGGCAUUCGUCAGAGGAAGAUGGCGAGGCGGAGGCGAACGAAGACGCGUGGGCGAUCAGCUCUGCGCAGGCGCGACACUACGCCGCGCAGUUCGCGCAGCUGCGGCCCGAAGCCGGUAUGCUCUCCGGACACACUGCCAAAUUAUUCUUCGAGAAGUCUCGCCUCUCCGUACCCGACCUGCGCAAGAUUUGGCAACUGUCAGACAUCACUAAAGACGGGAAACUAACGCUGGAAGAAUUCAGCAUAGCGAUGCAUCUGAUUGUCCUGCGACGGAACAACAUGCCUGUUCCUGAAGUGUUGCCUGCUUGUCUCGUGCCCAAGGUUGACUCGCGAUUCUCCCAGCAAGCGGUGACCACUGACUUAGUAGACCUCGGAGCAGACAUGUUCAGCUCAGGAUCCUCCGCAGACUUCAGCUUCGUCCACAAACCCGACGACCCCUACGAGGCCAAGCCGAAGAAACCAGAAGAGCGGCCGCCGUCUCUAUCCCCCAAGCCUGAACCGCAAAUCAACAAUAAGGAGUGGACGAAAUUUGUCGACUCCCCAACUUCCAGCGUUUCGAGUCCGGGCCCGAAACCGGUCAAUUUUGAUUUCCACAAGUCAGCUUUAGAAAGAGACCCCAAGAUUUUCCAUCCCGUGGCUCUGAGGGUGACGCCCGAUGCGAAUACUUUACCGAGCCACGGCGAAGGAGAUAUGAGGUCGAGUACAUCGCCAAGGAGAGACGAUUUCGCGCACGCAUUCGAACUCGCUAGUCCAAAGCGACUGAAUUCGCAACCGCCGACCGAACCGCCACCGAACGGGAACCCAGAAAUCAAGUCUAUUCAGCGGCCGCAGCCGAAGAAGCCUUUGAAAAGCGCCGGGGCAUUGCCCCCUCCUCCGGCCAGGGAAUCGUCGGUACACGCGGACGACGGGCCGCAGUCGCUGCAGUACGCGCCCAAGAAGGAGCCGCCGCCGCCGCCUCCGCCGCGGCCGCUGCGGAACCACACGCGCUCCAGCUCACUGGACCUCAACAGGCUGAAGGGCGCGGGUCAGCCUCCGCCGCAGCCGCCGCCGCGGCUGUCGCCCGCCGCCUCGCCGCCCGCGCGACGCCCGCUGCCCAGCCAGCGCAGCGAGGGCGAAUACGACGGCGAAGGAUUCGGUUACAACCGCGAGGACGCGCCGAAGAUGCACGGCGCCUUCGAAGUGUACCGGAAACCGCGGGAGUCCCCCGGCUCGCCGGACCCGGACGUGAAGGCGCUGCAGGAGCAGAACGCAGUGCUGCACCGCGUGUGCCGCGCGCUGUGCGCAGACCUGGCCGACGUGCAGCGCGAGCGGGAGGCGCUCCGAGUGCGCCUCGACCACUCCGCGCCGGUCUAGUCAAUAUACUACCGCUAGACCUAUAUGAAUCUAAUAAUCUCUUGAACUUCAUGCGAACGAAAUCUCGACGUGAGCUCGUCCAACCUUGUCUUUUGGUGAGUACAGUUUUAUUAAUAUUAAUAGUACACUGAAAAGUUAAAUUAUGUAUCUAUUAUGUGAGAAAAAUUGGGACAUCUUACCUUAAAUCAUGUGAAUAUUUAAAUUUUAUCAAAACAAGUAUGGAUUCCGUCAACAUGUAUUUUGACGCAAACCUUUGGUCUACUAUAUAAGAACAUAAUUAUUCUUGUCUUUGACGUUGACUGUAGACGAAGGUAACAAUUUUAAAGUUAUACACGCUGCGUCACAUCCAUAUUCCUAUUUUAUUUCAUAAUUAUUAUCUCAUCUCACUUUAAAUGGAUGUUAAAUCAUUGAAAUGGUAUCGCAAACGCCAAUCGUAUACCCAAUAAGGGUUACAGUUUUUUAUCACUGGGUGGCGCCACUGGUGACUGAGGUCCUGUCACUAUGGUUUAUAUUAAAAAUCCGUUAAAACUAUUCAACUAUGCCUUUUCAUUGGACCUUACCACCACAAGCGCCUCUAGUGUAUUAAAAAGCAAUCUAUACUAUCUUGUCGUAAUAUGUUGUAUAGCCAAAUGUCUUUAACGAACAUAAGUCUAUAAUAAUUUCAUAGUCUUUUAAUAUUGACUUCGGACAUGGUAUGAAAAGUAAUUCAAAAUAUAUAGUUUAAUGUUCGUUAGUGACAUAUUUUUUGGCCUUUGUCAAUGUCAUAUGGUCACGACUAUGUGUGACAGAUACAUAAAAUAGGCAGAAAUCGUUAUCAAAUCGAUGUAAUGUUUCGAUAAAUUUAAAUCGUUUUGUCUGCAAUUACGAGACGCAUUCAAUACCAUUCACUUUCCGAUUGCAAGCAAGUUCCACUAGCUUGGAUAGAAAUGGUACUGUUACAUUAUCAUUAAUUUUUUUUUACAUAAUUUUAAUGUAAGAGGCUAUAGUAAAAUCUUAUAUAUCUGUUUACAGUAUUUUGUAUUCGUUCCGGAAUUGAUUUUUAUCGCUACAGCACUUUAUAUCGCAAUGAGAAUUGGUGUUAACGCAAUUUCGCAUAUGUAGCACGUUUUUAUUUUAAAAAACAUGUGUUUAAAUGUCAAUCGGCUUUCCCCUUCCAAGAGACAAUAUUGUAUUUUGUAACAUAAUAUUCGGCCAUUUUGUUUUAUCAACAUUUUAAGAUGGUUGUGCUAACACUAUUUUAUUUACUACUUGUGUAUAUGAAUUACAUUUAAAACGCAAGGCAUUAUUUAUAUUAUUGAUAAUUUUAAGAAUUUUGAUAUCAAUGUGAAGCGUAAACGUGUAAAAAUUGGGAUAUAUUUAUUUUUGUCACCUUUUUAUGAAAUUAUGCAAAUUUACAGGCCACCUUUAUGGCAUUUAAUUCGAAACUAACAUAUAAAUAAAUAAAAAUUAAAGUGUGUGGUGGCGCUUAUAAUUGCUUAAAUAGCAUUCCUUAUUUUAUCGUAUGUUGUAAUUUGCUUUAUUAUUGUAUAAAAAUAUUUAGGAACGGAGUACCACCUGAUGAGAGUAUUUGUUGAAAUAUGUGAAUGUUGUAAAAAAGAAUUAGGUAUAGCGAAUGUAAAAAAAAUGAUGGAGGAUCAGUGGACCACUGUGCAGUUUGUGAAGACUUCGGUACUCGAUACUUGAUGUAUUAAAAUAAUAUUUACUUUGCCAUAAGUACAUUAUCAAAAACUAACCUAUAAAUUAUAAUUAAAAUAAAACGUCAGCUUGUGAAAAAAAUUCUUGCAAUUGAUUGCAAUAUAAAAGUACAAUAUUAAUAGUUCAAGUAAGGGUAUAAUCUUUGCCUUGCAGUGUAAGGAUAAAAAAUAUUUUAAUUUAAAUGAAGUCAUUUUAAUUUACUUCAGAAGCCAAAAUAGCUAAACUUGACCAUAUCAUUAGUCAUUUAAUGGCCUAUUUUAUUAUAUUAAAAUCGUUCAUAGAACCCAGUUUUGUGAAGAAUUUAGUGAUAAUUCUAAGAAGUUUGGCAAUCAAUUAUGGACUUAAAAGAAAAAAUGACUAAAGUAUAAUAUUGUCCACUCAUAUACAAAUGUCAGAUUCAUUUAGGCGAGAACAUUUAAGUGAGAAAAUCAGGUUAUAUUUGGUUAUCAAGUAUGGUAUGAUAUAACUAGCAUUAUAUUGCUAUCGGGUACAGAAGCGUCACAGAAGCACCGUCGACUGUAUGUAGGUAGUUAGACGCAGUGCCUCGCGCCGCAAGCUAGAUGUUGUAAACAAAACGUGCAGAAUUGAGUGAAAAUCCUGUAUUAUAUAAGAUUGUUGUAAAAGUAUUUAUCUAUUAUUUAGUCGUAUUUUAAGGAUAUCAUACUCCCAUUGAAGCAGUCUUUACGUCAGUGUAAAUAUUUGAUUUGUCCAUGCAUUUGACCAUUUCCUCGCUUAUAAAUAAAAAUAACCUCUUAUAAAUUUCGGUCCAAUUUUGUACUACUGUAUUAGCCCGUAUUCACUUACUAUAUUGUACCUAUUUGUUUCGUAAAAUUUAUACAGUACUGCUUAAAUAUUAUUGUAGUAAAUUAUGUACAAUAAAUUUAUUUCAAAAGUA